AUGAAUGGACAGCGGAAAAACACAUUCUGGCUCUGUUGCAGCUUAGUCAACAUGCGGAAAGCUGCAAGUACAGAAUUCUUUCAGCCGAAUUUCAACAUUUUGCGGCAACUUCGACUAAAGCGGCGCCAGCAACGAGCUCUGGCAGCUCACAAAGUGCGUUGCAAGGACAAUGCCAAGGAUCUGGAGGAGUUGGACACGUUUCAUCGUGCAAUAAGACCUUAUCUUUGCUUGGCGCGUAUCUUUGGCAUGAUGCCACUGGCAAAUGUGAUGAGUCCUCAUGCUAAAGAAGUGAAAUUUCAUCUACGUUCCACAGGAAUGUGUUUCUCAGCUGUAUUCCUACUGCUUGGAGGGAUAAAAACCAUGAGAAUUGCAGCCAAGAUCUAUCAAGGUGGCAUCAAUAGCAGAAGUUUGGUUAGCUUGGUUUUCUACAUCAUGGGUUUGAUAAUCUGCUUGAAUUUCAUUUCGUUUGCUCGUUGUUGGCAUCGUCUAAUUGUGCCCUGGAAUGAGAUUGAUAUCAUCAUGUUGUUUCCUCCCUAUUCGCCGACUAAAAUAAGUUUGCGAGUCAAACUUUUCAUUACUGGUUGUGUUUUUGGUUGCCUGACUUUAAUUGAACAUGGUUUGUAUUAUGCCUCAGCUUAUACCAAUUAUCAUAUGCACAUGUUGCACUGUCAGCCGAAUGUUACCGAGAUUUUAUUCAGUGGUUAUAUGAAACGAGAGUUUGCGGACAUAUUUGAAAUCCUGCCCUAUAAUCCUCUCUUUAUAUUCUAUGCUUUCUUUCUGACUGGCACCUUCAGUUUUAUUUCCAAUUUCUUGGACACUUUUAUAAUACUGAUCAGCAUGGCAUUGGCUCAGCGAUUUAAGCAAUUUUCACAUAGAGUGUUGAAGCUCAAAAACCGACAAGUUCCUGAUGCCUUGUGGCAUGAAUUGCGUCAGCAUCAUAUUCUGCUUUGCGAGCUGAUGGAUUUAGUUGACACGAAUAUGUCGAGUAUUGUGCUCUUUUCCUGCUUGAACAACAUUUACUUUAUAUGCAAUCGUUUGCUUACAAUUUUCACCAAACUGCGGUAUCCAGUGAAUUAUGCGUUCUUCUGGUUUAGUUUAUUGUUCUUAUUGGGUCGCACUUGUGCCGUCUUUUUGUAUGCUUCACGCAUACACGAGUUCUCGGAGCUGCCCCUGGAAGUGCUUUAUAUGGUGCCCAGCGAUAACUGGACUGAGGAGGUGCAACGAUUCACACAUCAAAUCAACAAUCAGUUCAUUGCACUCUCAGGAUAUCGACUUUAUUAUCUCACACGCAAGAGUUUCUUUGGAAUGAUGUCCACACUGGUUUAUUAUGAGUUCAUGCUAUUGCAAUUGGAUGCCAAGGAUCAAAAGGGAGAUCUGCCGGCGUUAUGUGCAUAAAAAAUAAAUAUAAAAAUU